UGGAUUAAGGAAACUAACGGCAGCCUGCAGGAGGGAGCAGCUCUUUCUACUUUGAGAGAUCUUUGGACUUUUUUUAGUUUUUAUCUUGCUGGGGAUGACAGAUAAAUAAACUGUUGUUGGUUCGAUACCAGAAUCAAUUUUGCGGGGGCGGUAUCUAUGACUCUAAAGUCUAUUUUUUUCUCAUGCCACGUUUGAGAUCACGCCUGUGAUGGGCUGAGCAAAUCAUCACCCUCCUCCUGCGUACUCAACAGCUGCGGCCAGACCCGAAAAGUUACCGAAGUUGUCUCCGCUUGUUUGCCGGAUUGUUUUAAUUUGCAGAUCCCCUGUGACAUCGCCUCCUUCAGCCCUCACCCAGCCUGCUGUCCGCCACCGGCCCGCCCCAGCAUGCUGGACUGACGUCUGAGGAAUGGCAUCGGCUGUGUUUGAAGGCACGUCGCUGGUCAACAUGUUUGUCCGGGACUGCUGGGUCAACGGGAUCCGGAGACUCAUCAUCAGCCAGCGGGGGGAGGAAGAGGAGUUCUUCGAGAUAAGGACAGAGUGGUCUGACAGGAACAUUUUAUACUUGCAUCGGAGUUAUUCCGAUCUGGGGCGGCUGUUUAAAAGACUGCUGGAGUCCUUUCCUGAGGACAGAAGAGACCUCUCCAAGUCUCCACUGAUAGAAGGGCUGGUGAAAAUCAAAGAGGCAAACGACAUUGAGGAGAAACUGAACGAGGUGGAAAGACUACUGAAGAAUGCCAUCAACAUGCCGUGCAAGUAUUCCAGGUCAGAGGUGAUGUUGACUUUCUUUGAGAGAUCGCCGCUGGAUCAGGUGCUGAGGAAUGACAAAGUCCACAGAAUCCAGCCGUGCUUUCAAAGUCCAAUAAAGAUAUCAGAAAUCAUGCGGUCCAAUGGAUUCUGUCUGGCCAAUACAGAAACCAUUGUAUUUGAUCACAGUCUCCCUGAAGAAAAAGAGAGACCCUCAUCCACUGACUCUGUGGAGCAUACGUAUGAGGAUGGAACAGAGUUUCUGCCAUUGGAAACAGACGUGUGUGAUGAGGAAACAGAAGCAUAUGUCACCAACCUUUCCUACUACCAUCUGGUCCCAUUUGAAACUGACAUCCUGGAAUGAGAGACUGAUGCCUGUUGAUGGACAUCUGAUGCUGUCGUUGAGGAAAUGGAACCUAGCUAUGCAACACUGCAAAUAGCUGCUCCAAGUGAAUGCUGCUUAUCCUUGCAUACUCUAGAGCUGCUUCUCGCCCAUUUUGGAGUUGGUGCAGAUGGACAGUGUGCACCAAAGUAUUGGAAGAACAGCAGGACCACUUCGCCUUCAGGCAGUGUCACCAGUGUGCCUCAUUCAGAGCCUUACUUGAGUGUGUCAAGAAGAAACAUGACAGGAUUGUGUGUAUGCUGGCCACAAAGGGCUUUCAGGUGUUGUAACACAACCUGUGGAAGCAACAGUGGAGCUCCUUUGGUCCUGCAGCAGAUGCAAACAGCUGGAGAGGUUUCAAAUACGCAGCUUGACCACUUCAAAAGAAUUUAUCAAAGACAUCAUUGUCUGUGGUGUGGAGUGUGGAGUGUGAGUGCAACCAGCAGGGAGAGGGCCACUCAUUGGCCUAAAUUUGGAGGUGAAUUUACAGUAUUGGACCUUUCACUGUCACUUAGAAACGUAGCUGAAUCAACCAGCACUCUUUAUUUUUCUACCUGAGUUGUUUAUCUUUCGCAUUUAUGCUCCAUAAAUUUGCCAGGAGAAAUGUGACGUUUCUGCAAAGCUUAUUUUCUUCACAUUUAAACCUGCUCCCUGAAGUGUUACCCACAGUGUUGCCACUCUGGUGUUGUAUUCCUUUGGGAACACAGGAAACUGUCAUGAAGCUUUUUGUAUGAUAUUUGUUUAUGGUGCAAUUUCCACUAGCGUUUUUCUUUGUAAAAUACCAGUUUGACACUCAUAGGAUGAUUCCUGUUUUGUUGCUGUGACAUGCAGAUGGUUCUUUGGCAUGAGAGUACUCUGAGAUCCAAGUGAAACUGGACUGAACGGAUACAACGUGUGAAGUUUAGCCAACACUAAAGAUAAAUGAAAAGGAGUCAUUGGAGCAAAUUUUGUCCAAAGUCUUCCUGUUUAAGCAUUAAACAAAAUCUUUAUAGUAAAUGAGAAAAACAAAGCUUUUAUGCUAAUAGACUCGAACCAUGCAGUAUCUUAUGUAAGUGUCUGUUUCACUUGGUUCUUGGUUUACUGUCAAAUCAAAGAAUAUUAAAGAAAUAUGAAGUGUCAUUAAAGUUUUGUUACAACUUUCCAAAGUGAGAACUUAAAGGAAUACUUAACCCCUUAAAUGACCUUUUGUUUAUCAGCUACUCACCCCCUGUUAUGUUGAAUUUGUGAAGAAAAUUGUAUUUUUCUUGCAUGCCUCCAUGGUGAACAAAGAAUAUAAAAAGAGAGAAAAUUCUUGAUGAAUUGAAGUCAUAGGGGGCCACAUUUAAUAACAGCACAACUAUAUCAAAAUAUCUGUUUAAAAAUUCUCUUACAACUUGUGCAGUGUAAUGCAAGUCUCAUUUAUCCAGUAUGCUCAGUAUUUCUUAAACAGACAGCCCUUAACGACAGGGAACUGAACGGAACUUAUCUAUGCUGUCUUCAGUGCCAGACUCCACUGACAUAACCAGUAAUUUUACCUCGCACAACACAGGAGCUGCUGGUCUACUGCUGCCUCCAUCAGUUAGUUAGUUAGUGUUAUUGUGAGACUUUGGUGUUUUAAAGGGUUA